AAAAUACUUGGAGGACGACAAAGAAUUCAAACUGUCAGUUUGCACGAUUCGUACCUGAAAAGAACUAUGAAAAUCGUUUCCAGACGUGAGGCUUUAAUUAUAACAUCAGUUUAAAAAUGUAUACCAAAGUCCACCCAGGAGUGUGCUUCGUUAGGCAACCAACAACAUCGGGAUUUUAUCUGCAAAAUUCAGAAUUGAUAGCAAAUAACACGAAGUUACUCCAUGAAUGUAGAAAUGGUUGCGAAACAUUAGAUUACGGGAAUAAAGCUUGGGUGGUAGAUUCAAUGAAGGACGUAAACGUACUCAUAGAUGAAUGUCAAAAUGGUACGGUUUCGCAAGCGACAUAUAUGGACACAACUUUAGAAACUUCUGACGGAAUGAUUCAACGUCCGAAGUUUACUACUUUAUCUGCAUUAUUCAUCAUACUCCUGCUGAUAGAAUUUCUCCUCGGAUAGGAUUACCUCAAUAUAUACAAUCAUCACACUAAUCAUAACAGCAUUAUACACUUCGCGUAUCUACUACUUUAAUGAUCAC